AGCAAUCAACAAAGGAGAUAAUAUUGAUUUGACAAAUCAAACACUUGGUCUGGGAUAAUGGGGAUUUACACGCAACCAGAGUAAUGAACUUUUCCCAUCAAUGCUUUUAAUCAUGGCCGCAUUCAGACCUAUUAACUAGGCAACUAAUUGCCUUUCACGACAUUCAAAACUGUUGCCAACAAAGCAAAUUAUGCCACACUUAUUAAUUUGGCAUUUGUGACACUAACGUCAGACGAAAUGUUCCUGCAAACCUUGCUGAAGCCACGGCGCAUUAUGGGGGCCACCAAAAGAUACCAGUGGACCAAGAACGAGCUCUUUGAACCGGGGGAAAAGAGGCCGUACUCUCCGUUUAAGCCUAAAGGAACGGCCGAGUUUGUCUUGGCACGUCUGGAUGAUUUAAUCAACUGGGGUAGGAGCAGGUCCUUGUGGCCCAUGACCUUCGGAUUGGCCUGCUGCGCCGUGGAGAUGAUGCACAUUGCUGCUCCAAGAUACGACAUGGACAGAUACGGAGUGGUGUUCAGGGCGUCCCCGAGGCAGACCGACGUGAUAAUCGUGGCCGGGACGGUCACCAAUAAAAUGGCCACGGCCGUUAGGAAGGUCUACGACCAAAUGCCGGAGCCCAAGUGGGUGAUUUCCAUGGGUAGCUGCGCCAACGGAGGUGGGUACUACCACUAUUCGUACAGUGUUGUCCGGGGAGUCGACAGGAUCAUCCCCGUUGAUGUUUACGUGCCGGGGUGCCCCCCUUCCGCUGAAGCUUUGAUGUACGGGGUCUUGAUGCUGCAGAGGAAGGCCAAACGCCACAAUGCCCUCCAAAGCUGGUACCGAAGAUGAGCUAGCGUUGAUUUUCUGUUUGCAUUAAAUAGUUGUUCAUCAAUAUUACUGUUAUUAUUUGUACUACUAAAUAUUUUAGAUGCUUUUUUACAUCUUGAGUUGUGUCAUGAAAUUAUUCAGUGGUACUUUCUUC